ACAAACACAGACAACGUCUAAGUUUUUGUUCCGGUUUUUCCGUCUGAGGGCGAUGGAAACGACUCAUUUGUAAAUAAAUAAAUCAGUUUGUUGAAAAUGUCCCUUAAAGGCCAUCCUCUGAGGGGUCUGGUGAUGGAGAGACUCGCUGUUGCCGCAGAUGAGAUUUUUGCGCUUUUUGAACGAACAUUUGCGCAAUACGAAGAAGAGGUUCUGCGGUCUAAAUUACAGCAGCAACCUCGAGAUGUGUUCUACAAAGAAGAUAUCCAGACAGUAACUGUGGGUGUGGACGUUUACUGUGACCAAGUUAACACAGAGGAAGCAAUCAAAAUCAAGCGCCAAGUGAACCCACCAAUCAAACUCCAACGCCCUUCAGUAACUUUAAAAUCUAAAGAACCAGACCCACAGGAGAAAAUGGAGGACCUGACGAGGGAACAGUGUGAUGAAGAGGAGCCUGGCUGCAGCUUGGAUUUCAUCUUGGACAAAAACGGACAACCUUACAGCUGUUCAGAUGCUGAUGAUUCAAUUGACUGGGUCAUUUUGGAUGAGAAAACCACCAAAUGUAAUGAACAAAAGCAUGUAAUGAACAAAAGAGAUUUACCCAAACAUGGAGAUCAAUUAUAUAAGUGUAACCAGUGUUCAAAGUCAUUUAAAAGUAAAAGAUCUCUAGAAAAACACCUUCAAAUUCACACAAGGCAGGUUACCAGCUCCAAAUCAAAGCCUAAAGAACAUUUGGUCAAACAGAAACCUCACAGGUGUUCAGUGUGCAAACGUGGGUUUUCACAGAAACGUCACUUGGUGGACCACAUGAGGAUUCACACAGGAGAGAAACCAUUCAGCUGUUCACAUUGUGAGAUGAAAUUUCGACAGCAGUAUUCACUCAUGAGGCACAUUUUUUCAAAGCACAGUGAAUACAAGCCUCACUCAUGUCCAGUCUGUCUGAAAGGCUUUGUUGAAAAGGGAAGUUUAGUGCUUCACAUGAGGAAGCACACAGGUGAAUGACCUUUUAGGUCUUCAGUCUGUGAUAAAAGUUGCAAAUAUAAAAGUUGCACUGACAAGCAUUGCAACUGUGAUAGAUUUGCUAUUUAUUUUAAUUAUCAGAUUCUGUUAAAAGUUCAUAUUUAAACAUGUCCAGAAGAAUUGACAAAAGACCAAGUUGGUCAGUUCAUAUAAUAUAAGAAUCACAUUCAGAACAUGUUUGUACAGAUCUAAACUACAGGAGAGUUUUCAUGCAGAAUAAGACAGGAGAUUAUGUUUGUGGAGGAAAUUAUGUUAUUUUUAAAAUGGCAGUCAUUGAGAUUUGCUAUUUAUGUCCAUUCAAAUUGCAAUUUUUAUUUCACAGAUCAUUCUGUGAUCGCCUGCUCUUGUGGCUGACUGGCUGGCACACUGAGCAGUUUUACAUUUUUUUAAACGUUGUUUUAAAUGUUGAAAUUAAUUUAGGGAUCUUGACCAACUGAGAAGUACAGUAUGUGUAGUUCAAAGGAGAGCUGUUUGUUUUUCCUGUAUUUAUGGCUACACUACAUGGAGCUAGCUAUGCUAGCCAGCUCGCUCUGCUACACGCUCUUUACAACAACACAACAGACUUUCUAUUCCAAUAUGGCAAUAGAUAUUCCAGAGGAAAAACUUCAAGGAAAUGGCCCGUCUGAUGAUGGAACAUAACCGAGCAGAGUGAGUGAGACUUAGGAGAGACCUUCCUGCUAUGUCAGAGUUCACUUGGUUCCCCUUGGAGGCUGCAGGACACGGAGGCGACACAGGAGGAUUAGAUCUGCCAACUCUACUUGUUUGAGCUGCACUGAGACUUCCGGUAGAGCAGUAAAAUCACAGUAGAAAGCUCAAUGUGCUUAAAUUACCUCUUGAGAAAAAAAGAGGAUGGUCAUCGUUUAAAACAGCACUAAUACUUGACCUGAAAAUCUUUUGAACCACUGAUUUAGAUGAUUGUGUUCAGACAAUAUAAUCACAAUGUGAUGAUGUGGGGUAGAAGACAGUGUAAUAGAGAUUAUAUUUCUAACACAUUUCAAACGGAAAACUUAUACAUGUUUUAACACAAAUACAAAUCUAUCACAAUAACACAUUUUUAAGUAUAUGAUAAUGCUGUGUUUUGUUGUAAUACAGUGAGGUCUUGGGUUUAGGCAGUAAUAAUAGGAAAUGAUCAUUUUCAACAUUUGUGCAUUUAUCCUUUGAAUAUUUCAUAGCAAAGUACAUGAAAUUGAGCUUGUGAUGAGCAUUCAUGGUCCUGUUUAUGUGUUUGAUUUUCAACAGAAAAGGUGAACUAAAAAACUGCUUACUAACGCUAGCUAACUUGUGACAGUAGUUUUAUGUGCAAGAAAUGUCUUAAACAUCAUCUCACCUUUUGUAGCUCUGUGUCAAAUCAAAGCUUAAAUUUUUUUUAUUUUUUUUGAGUGCCAGAGCUUCAGACAGAGCAGUGCCUCUAGUUAGCCUCUCAUCCUCAGGAAAUGUUGACGACAUCAUCUACAAAGUAUCAAUUGAAGACUACUUUAUGCCAGUAAUAUUUUAAAUACAACAUGGAAAAUCAAAGUAAACUCUUCUAAGAAAAGAACUCAGCUAUAAAACAUGACCUGCAAAAAAUAAAGUGUAUAAUUAAAGACAAUGCACAAUGUGUAGAGCAGCAUAAAUAAACAAAAGUGAAAUUGUU